AUGGCGGUGCCGCGCGAAGACUGGAAGGCGACAGACUUUGUAGUGGACGACAUGGUGUACUCCAGCAUCGACGUGCUCGUCAUGGACGCCCUACGCCACCUACAAUGCUUGGAGAAGGAUAGCACGCUCAGGCUGUACACCGCGUUCAUCUACCACUACAAGAAGUGGGCGGCGAAGAUGCUGAAGCAGAUACGUGACAAGCUACCCCAUGAGCAACGAAUUAGGCACGUCGACGAGAUCGGCCACUACAUCCGCGACAACAAGAAAAAGGAUUGGUGCAACGAGAAAGUGGUCCGCCGACAGUACAUCUGGCUGCACCGGCUGCGCGCCUACGUGAAGCAAAUGAGCCGUGAGUGUAACCUCAUUGUUGACCAGCCCGGGGAGGAGAACAAUGCCACGCGAACCGGGCCUGUGAGGUCGACAACUGUGCACACGAUCCUUGGGUGCAUAAAGGCAUGCCAGAUGGCGGCGAGGGUGGAGGCGACGCUGUAUCGAGAGAAGGAGCUGGGCAUCAUGAGGGAGAUCUCGGUGGUCAGAUCGGAGGUGCGGUUCAACGUCCGCCACAAGAACGAGAGGGACAUCAAGAACUGCGCCGACCGUCGACGCGGCACCAUCGGCGACACCUACACCGCCGAGCAGUUCCGCCAGAUCAUGAUGAGGGUGCUGCCGACAUGGGCGGCGGCGGCGUGGAACCCGCGGGCAACCACUCCGUCGCAGACGAUGUGGCGAUUCCUGCUCGUCAAGGUGCUCACGCUACUCUCCCACCACUCUCUCCUGCGCGGCGCCAGCAUCCGCGAGAUCACGCUCCCCGACGUCUUCUUGUACCACCUGGCGAGCACCUCGGAGGUGAACCCGGAUAGCCAGCCGGUCGUCAUGGUAAUCGCCGCGCGUAACUCGAAGACUUCCAAGGAUGCCCGUCUUCAGCAGAGCUACGCAGCACGACACCUGGAAGCGGAGCUGUGCGCCGUCGGCGAGACCGGCCUGUGGCUGCACUUCAUCCUCGACCAGAUCGGUCAGUUCUCCGGCACCGACUUCCUUCCGCCGCUUGACACCAGUGAACGCGAACGCUGGUACAAGAAGCAUCUCUUCUUCGCAAAAAACGACAAGGAGCAGGAGGAGCUCCCCGCCGCCACCCACCAACGUUGGACUCGGCAGAUGUGGACGACCAACAAGGUGUUCCGCAAAAGGAACGUGCACGCCGCCCGCGCCGGAGGUGCGCAGGAGCUAGCCAUCGGAGGGACGCCGCGCGCCGAGAUCGCCGAGCUGGGACACUGGGCUCUCGACAAGAUGACGCGUGCGUACAUCACGGCCAUUCCCGUUGGGGUGGUGAUGCGUAAGGCCGGCUACUCGGGACUCAAGCAAGACUACUUCUUGGGGCGCAGCAGGGUCGAGCCCUCUGACAAACUCCUGGACCUCCUCGCCGAGCACAUCUUCCCCGGCGUGGAUGCUAUGCUGCGCGAUGCGGAGACGCGUGCCGUCAACGGGAGCGACGCCGACAAAGCCGCAGUGCACUUCUUGCGCACCCUCGUGAUGUUCCGACGCAUCGUCGCGGAGGACCUCGCGGUGAAGCUCGUCCGCACACUGUGGCACCCGUACGUCCAAGGUUCCAAGCUCUGCAGGAUUGCCCUCUUCCAGCACUGGGCGAAAAGGGUCGAGUCGGUCGACACCGAUACGAUCAAAAAGCGCCGGGACCCGACUCAGAUUCAGCCGGAGGAAAUAUCCGUCCGCAUGGACACCCAGUAUCACAACAUGUCCCUCAAGGAGGCGCUGAAGAAGGAGGUCGAGCGCUCGCCGCUCGAGAAGCUAGGCCUUCAGGAGACGAUCGAGAUGCAAAACGACACCAUCGCGUCGCUCACCGCCGAGCUUGCUCGAGUCACCGAGGCACUCCGUGUGUCAGAAGCCCGGAGGAUGCCGGCGGCGCCGCCGUCGGCGUCCGAGCAAGCUCCGAGCGAGGGUGGCUCCGCGGAUUCGGCCAACACGGGGACCGGAGCCAAGAGAGAUGAUGGGAAACCCCCGCCACCCCCCCAGACGGCAGAGGAGGCCAGUUACGAGCUCAACGUGAUGCAACCUUGGCGGGAGGCAAAGACCGUGCGGGACGCUUGGCGCCUCUGGAACUCCGCCACCGCCAAUGACACCCGUCGUCUUUGCGACAGGGUCGCCGAGCCGGGGUUCAUCGGCCGCCACACCCUCCUCAAAGGCGCGACGCAGGGUGCACUCAACAUGAGGGUGCGCCGCAUGCUGAAGGCCAUGGAUGCGGUGCGCCAGCUACGCGCGAGCGACGGCGAUGCCGACACCGAAGCCGUGGUCGAUGCACUGAACACGAUCGCGGGACCGGGCAUUGGGACCUUCUGCGAUGCCCUCACGGUGCUCAACCCGGAGACGGCACCGACGAUGUCCAAGGAGCCUGGCAUGGGCGUCAAGGGGCUUGCCCCCAAGGUGGUCUCGAAGCUACGCCUCGCCUGUGCGCUGGUGGCGCUCAAGCUGAAGCCGAGGACGUGGGUCGACCGCCUGUUUCCAGACACCUGGGAGGUGCAGAUGCCGAAGAUUGUGGCCGACUUGGCCAAGCAGACCGCACCUGCGCAGCGUCCUCCGACAAAGCGCAAGAAGUCGGCAUGA